ACUCCUCUGUUCACCAUCAAAACCACACCACACCACAUCAUGGAUUCCCUCGAGGAACCUCCUGCCAAACGGCGCAAACCGAGUCCGCGCGAAAUCGGCGUCAUGAGGAAAUCGUCGGUCGACAACUCCGCCACGUUUUUGGGCAGUUCCAGUGGCGUGCAUUUCAUCCGCAUCGUGUACGACGCCUUCGCGCGGCGCUCCGCCCAUCUGAAUCAGAAUCAGUCGCAAUCGCAAACAACGACUCUCGUGCCGGGAGAGGAUGAUCAACUGGCCUCUAGUCCCCUUGCGGAUGUUUCUGCCGUGAAGAACGAGCUGUGGAUGCCGCACGAAUUGGACCAUCGGCCGACGACGACGGGGAAAGUGAAGCCGCCAUUCGACCAUCUCGUGCAAUGGACACGCAGCUACUUCGAUCACUGGCAUCCGAUGUUCCCAUUCAUUCUUGGCCCGCCGUUUCUUGCCGUCCUCGAGAAGAUCAGCCUGGUCGGACUGAACGGGAUCUCGACGCCGGACGUCAUCCUCGUGCGGUCCGUCGUGUCCAUCGCCCUGAUGGACCGGCGACAGAUGAGCUCGCGGGGAAAGCGACCAUCGCCGCCGCCGCCGGUACCGCCAGCAUUGGUUUUUCGCACCGUCGCCCAGGCCAUGGAGAGCCUGCAUGCGCUGUUCUGCGACCCGCCGACCAUCGCCAUCCUGCAGGCGGCAUUCGGCGUCGAGCUGUUCCUGGCGUCUGCGCUGCGGUUGAACGCCGCGUCGCGCAUUGCCGGCGUCAUCACGCGCACCGCCUUUCAUCUAGGACUGCAUCGCUGUCCAGCGCGAUUCCCGUGCUUUGGACCCGCCGACGAGGCGCUGCGUCGCAGGCUGUUCUGGUCUAUUUAUUGUCUCGAGAGGUACCUGUCGCAGGCGCUGGGGAUUCCCUUGGGCAUUCGGGAUGACGACGUGGAUGUUUGUUAUCCGGGGAUGGAGAGACAUGGGGAGGUCGUGGACGACCCCCGUCUCCAUCUCAUCACACAUCUGGCGCGGUUCUCACGGGUGCGCGGCCUGGUCAUCGAGCUCCGCAACAAGUCCAUCCUGCACAGCCAAGAGUCCUCCAUCACGGCCACCCAGGUGACCGGCGAGUUGACGCACUGGUGGAACCAAGUCUACGACGAUGUCUACCCCGGCGACGAGGACACGACGGCAACAACGAAAACGCCCCGGUUGGCACCACUCCACCGACUUCUCCUCACCGUCCUACGCCACGAGUCCAUCAUCUCGCUUAACCGACCCCUGCUGGCGGCGGAGUCUUCGUCGCCGGAAUACCGCACCGCACUGCAGAUCUGCAUCGAAUCGUCGCGCUCGCUUCUGACGGCGCUGCGGGGGGCUGACGUUCCGCUGGUCUGGCCGUCAUUUACCUGGGGGGUCUGGAUGAGCUGCCUGAUCUUAGUUUAUGCCGCAUGGGAGGGAGAGUUUCCUAUUCCUGCGGCGGCGAGGUAGGUACACCUUCCUUCUUUACGUUCUGGUUGCCCUCUAGCCCAGCUGGCCAAGCCGCUACUUGCACUCCAGACCACGACCAAGGCGAGAGAAAGGGGAAUGAAGCAACAGCAGCCAAGAAGCUAACCAGCCAACGAGGUAGAUAUGCCCAAACCGGACUUCUCAUCCUCCAGAACCUGUCCCACCGCGGCAGCACCUGGCCCCAGACGUGCAUCGAGGCGAUCCGGGCCCUGGAAGCCGCGCUGAGCGAGC